AUUUAUACAGUAGUUACUGAAUGUACAUUAGUUUUUUGAGCAGAGUAAAAUCCCAGAAUAGACAGUAAUCAAUAGCAUAUAGAGUGCUUACUCUGCCAGGCAUUGUUCUGGGAACUUUAUAUGGACUCUCUCAUUUAAUUCUCUCCACCAUCCUAAGUAGUAGGUAUUAUACACGGAGAAGAUAAGGUGACUACAAAGAAAUGUGACCAGCAGAGAUUUGAACAGCACUCAUCCAUUAGGAAUGGACCUCUUUCUGCUGGGAACACUGAAACCAGCGAGGUCGCCCAGGCUCGUCCCAGUGGUGGCAGAGCUGGAUUUGACUAUCUCCCCAGGCUCAACAGUUGGCCACUCUCUAAGUAGAUGUGGAAUUCCAAGCAGAUUCUACGACUCUGAAAAGAAGUAUUCUGCUUGCCUUUCACCUCCUGAACCACUCUAAGGGCCAUAAUCAACUUCCGAAGGUCUUAGCAACGUAGUGCACAUCCCACUAAUUGAUAUUCUUUGUAGUGUAAUAGCAAGAAACAGGUGUGGUCCAGUCUUGGAUGACAAAGGAAGGUGUAGAACGUGGCAGUGGAGUUGUGUAAGAAGUUGCAUUUCGCCGGCCCAGUGUUCUCUAUUUUGGUGAUCUGUUACACUUAGGACGAUCCACCUCCAUUUCAAAACUGGCUCUUCAAGUUUUCAGAGCCUCUUAUCAGACUGAAACUCAGCCAAGGUUGAAGCUGCCCAGUGUCUCUGUGCCGGCCCACCCCCACUGCUGGAGGACUCCUAUUUAGCACAGGCAUUAUCUGCAGAACCUGCUUGUGGGGAGAGGACAGGAGAGGAAGAGAGAAACGUCAAUGCAACUGGGCAUGUGCCUUGACCAGAACGAACCUGGCAGCCGUUCCCGGCACGAGAUAAUGCCCAACCAACUGGACCACACCAGCCAGGGCAGAAUACUUCUCUAUUGCUCUCACUAGAGGAAUUUAACUUUGGUAUCUCUACCUGCAGGCAACAUGAAGGACCGUCUAGCAGAACUUCUGGAGUUAACCAAGCAGUAUGACCAGCAGCUCUCCGACGGGGACGAUGAAUUGGACUCGCCCUACGAGGACUUCGUGUUCGAGACAGACCACAUCCUGGAGUCCUUGUACAGAGACAUCAAGGGCCUUCAGGAUGAAAACCAGCAGUUGAUGAUCGACGUGAAGCGGCUGGGAAAGCAGAACGCCCGCUUCCUCACGUCCAUGCGGCGUCUCAGCAGCAUCAAGCGCGACACCAAUUCAAUCGCCAAGGACAUCAAGGCCCGCGGCGAGAGCAUCCACCGCAAGCUGCGCGCCAUGAAGGUGCUGAGCGAGGCGGCCGAGGCCCAGCACGGACCCAACUCGGCAGUGGCGCGCAUCUCCCGCGCGCAGUACAGCGCGCUCACCCGCACCUUCCAGCGCGCCAUGCACGAGUACAACCAGGCCGAGAUGAAGCAGCGCGACAACUGCAAGAUCCGCAUCCAGCGCCAGCUGGAGAUCAUGGGCAAGGACGUGUCGGGCGAGCAGAUCGAGGACAUGUUCGAGCAGGGCAAGUGGGACGUGUUCUCAGAGAACCUGCUGGCCGACGUGAAGGGCGCGCGGGCGGCCCUCAACGAGAUCGAGAGCCGCCACCGCGAGCUGCUGAAGCUGGAGAGCCGCAUCCGUGAUGUGCACGAGCUUUUCCUGCAGAUGGCGGUGCUGGUGGAGGAGCAGGCCGACACCCUGAACGUCAUCGAGCUCAACGUGGAGAAGACCGUGGACUACACUGGCCAGGCCAAGGCGCAGGUGCGCAAGACCUUGCAGUACAAGAAGAAGAACCCCUGCCGGACCAUCUGCUGCUUCUGCUGCCCCUGCGUCAACUAGCAGGUUGGCCUGGGACCCCGCACCCCCUCUCAACGGGAAUGGGCUGGGAAGCGCACUGGGAAAGAUUUGGGGGCUCCCUUCACUGGGGCGAGUUGUCCCAACUCGUAUGGACCUCAGUUUUUAGAGAAAGAAGAAACGCGAGGUCCAAAAAUUCCAACCCAGCCCAUGCUUGGGACUAUAGUUGAUGCCUUCCGAUGUUUCUGCAGUAAGUACAGAGAUACCCUGAAGUUGUGUGAGGUCGUUAUAUGGCAAAUUGCAUCCUUGCCCUCUUAACAGAAGCCACAUAAAGAACUGACUAGCGAACUGGAGGGUACAUGUCCCAGGCAUGUUUCCUAGUGAAAUUCUAGGAGGAAGUCAAUUCCGCAUUGGCUAAUAGUAUGAACUCAUCAAAACAAAUUGAUACCCUCUCCUGAAAGUCUCUUGGUUCUGUUCAAUUUCACGUCUUUCAUUUCCACUCCUCAUCUGGUUUAUGCUGUGUGAUUCCUGUCUAGAAGUAUACCUAUUUCCUUCCUGCUCACCUCCAUACUUAUUAAAAUCACAUUUAACACUCACUAUUUUCUUAUCUCUUUACUUUUAAUAUCUUCCAUCAGAAUAUAGUUGGGAUUUUUUUUCCCAAAUAUUUUUAAGCACUGAGUAUUGAACAAGCCCUGAAAUUGAUGUGUGUAUCAGUCACAUUUUAUAUAUUUUUCAUAACUAAAAAUAAUUUAAAAUUUAUCUUUUUUUACUUGAUUGUUACAAAUGCACAUAUACAUAUGUAAAUUGUGAAGUACUAAUAUUCACUAACACAUGUACAUAAUGACUAAUUGGUUUUCAUUUUACUUUUGUAAAUAUAAACUAUAAAUAUCAGAAAAAACACUUUUACUGGUUAUUGGUGUUGGUUGUCUUGUUUUGAGUUUAUCUCAUUCCCAUCUGCAUAUCCAGUCCAAUUUGGGCAGGAACUUUAUUUUGAACAACUCUGUGUCAGUUAUAGUGAUAAAGACAGAUGUCAACAGCUGAAAAUAAAUCCAGAACUAGAUAAUAAAAUAAAUUUCUUGGAAAUAUGA